GCGGCUUUGGAGAGGAGGCACCGGCCCCACCGGCCCCCUCCACACGCCUGACCCUGUUUCUCCCACGCUGAUUUCGUCUUCCCCGCACUGCCCCAAGCGCUCUCGCUGUCCCGCCCGCGGAGCCGUGCUCGGAUCGCUCUUGCCCCCGCAGGAUGAUUUCCAUCAUUUUUGAGGUGACCUGCAGCCUCUUUGCCUGGCUAUCUCUGUAUGCCUUCUUCUGCUGCUGGAACAAGCACCGUUCCUAUGAGUGGAGCUGUCGUUUGGUCACUCUGCUGCAUGGGGUGAUUGUCACCUGCCUCUCUGGUUACAUUGCUCUCCUUGAUGGCCCCUGGCCUCUAACCCAUGCAGGUUCACCAAAUACAUCUCUUCAGACUCAUGUGCUGUCCCUGACCUUGGGUUACUUUAUCUUUGACCUGGGCUGGUGCUUGUAUUUCCAAACAGAGGGAGACCUAAUGCUAUUUCAUCACACACUAAGCAUCUGUGGCAUGAUCAUGGUGCUGGGGCUUGGCAAGUCUGCUACGGAAGUCAAUGCUGUUGUAUUUGUUAGUGAGAUCACCAAUCCGCUGCUGCAGACCCGAUGGUUUCUGCGGGAAAUAGGGUGUUACCACAGUAUCCUGGGAGAGGUGGUGGAUUUUUUCUUUGUGUUCCUCUUCCUGGUGCUGCGAAUUGGGGGAGGAGCUUUGAUCGUGUAUGCGAUGGUGACCUCCCCUGAUCCCAUCUGGCUCCUCAAGGCUGGAGGCUUGGCUAUGUACAUUGUAUCUUUGCGGUUCAUGGUUGAAAUUUCCUGCUUUGUUAGGAGGAAAAUACUGAAAAAAUUUAAUUCUUGGAGAAGCAUGAGGAGUAUGAACGCACCUGUGAAAACUAACGGGCACUUGGCAGCUCAUUAAUUGUGGUUAUUGGAGACCACCCCUUUGGAGAGAGUCCUGGUUACUGAAGUACAUUACUGUGAAAAGAACUCCUGGAAGUGAUGUGGAAUGGACUUUCUGGCAAUGGUCUGCUACCCCAGGAGAAGAUGAAUUAUCUUUAAGAACUAGGGGAAAGCUAACUGAAGAGGAUUUCAAUUGGAAAACUGAGGAACUUGUUGAGGCAACCGAACUGUGUUGAUCCACUUACUUCUCCAGCAAUGGUAGCCUCUAAGAGGGUGGUAAUGCCAGAGCUAUUCAGUCCACAACAGACAAGUGUGCAGUCCCUAUAUUCUUUAAUCAACUUCUUGGAGGCAGUAUUAUGUUAGUGUAGUGCCAGAAAAUCUAAUCUGAAAAAUCCUGUCUUCCUGCACAUGGAACCAGGUAGGGAUGUGACUUAGGGAAGUUACUCAGACUUGCUUUGCCUCCUUUCCGGAAUUGAACAACACACUUGACUAAAUACUUGCAUGAAGGACUCUGAACAAGACAGAAAUGCUUGUGGAGGUAUAGUAAGUUGUCCUUUGAGUAUGUAAAGUGAUGAUAUUCCAGCUGAGGCAAUGUUUUACCUCAAUGUUUUUAAUGACACAUUUCCUUUUUUAAAUGCUUUCAUUCAAGCAGGUGCUGUUCCUACAGCAGUGCUACUUCACUGGAAUUCUGGUGCUGUCAUUGUGAAUGGAGUCAAGAAUUAGACUUGUGCCAAUAAACUCCAUAAGCAGGUGU